ACGUCGUAACGACCAGUGGCCUCCGCCGUCCGCCGGUCUGUUCCGGCCAGUCCAUCUAUAAUAGCGACCCAACAAAAUUCCGUGGCUUCCUCUCCUCCCCCCACGCCCUCUGUCGCGCUCAGGCUCAGCUCCCUCCCCGACCCCGAGAGAGAUAGCGUAGCUUCAAUUCGCUACUGCUCCCCGCGCGUGCUCCUCCAAGCUACUAGCAGUCUCCCGCCUCCGUUUACCCGGUCCGGCUCCGGCAUGGACGACGCCACGUCGUCGUCGUCGCGGGCGCCGCGGCCCAAGACGGAGGAGCUGGACGCGGCGCUCCACGCCAUGGGGUUCGAGAUCGAGCGGGUCUCCCCCGCGGAGGUCACCGGCCGCCUCCUCGUCACCCCCACCUGCUGCCAGCCGUUCAAGGUGCUGCACGGCGGCGUGUCGGCGCUGAUAGCGGAGGGGUUGGCGAGCAUGGGGGCGCACAUGGCGUCGGGCUACAGCCGCGUCGCCGGCGUGCAGCUCAGCAUCAACCACUUCCGCAGCGCCGCCCUCGGCGACACCGUCCUCGUCCGCGCCGCCCCGCUCCACGUCGGCCGCUCCACCCAGGUGUGGGCGGUGAAGCUGUGGAAAUUGGAUCCAUCCACGAAGGAGAAGGGGGCUCAGAUCUCUGAAUCCAGGGUGACUCUUCUCUGCAAUCUGCCGGUGCCGGAGAGCGUGAAAAAUGCAGGGGAGGCGCUCAAGAAAUACUCUAAACUGUAAACAUAAUAAUAAUUAAAAGUACAAAGCUUCAUUUCGAUGCUGGAAAUGAAAUGGUUUGAUCUCACGAUAAUGUGACAUAUUGUAAGUCUGUUGUAAUAAUGUAUAUGUCAGAGGAGUCGAGGUGUUUGGUUUGGGACAAUUUUAUUGUUCUUCAUGACCAAAUUUGGUCGUGCGCAAAAUUAAAUGUGUAAAAAAAAAAAGAAAGGGUGAAUGGUGAAGUAUUUGGAUUCCAAA